AUGGAGGCUCUCGGCCAGCUAUUCUCCGAUGGUGGUGGCACUGCUACUGCUGGGGCUGGAGCCGGGGCUGAUGCUGCAGCUGGGCAAGGGGGGCCAAAGAAGCAGCAGCACGUGCGAUGGGGCGAUCAGGCUGCUGCUGCUGCUGCUGGUGCUGCCGCUGGUGUUGCUGCUGCUGAUGAUGAAGCAGUGACAGCAGGGGCAGAGGAAGGGCCGCUCGCAGGGGGGUAUGGUGGAGCAGAAGCUGGGGGGCAUGAUCCUGAUGCAGCAGAAGCAGCCUUGGCUGGAGAUGAGCCGUGGGGAGGGGAUGGUGCACUGGGCGGGUAUGGUGAUGAGUCAGCUGCGUACGGUGCUGAGUCAGCAGGGCAUGUGGAAGGAGACAUGGGGGUGGGGCAUGAUGAUAAUGUGGAGCAUAGGGGAGUGGAUGGGGAGGAGGGUGAUAUGGAUGGUGCUGCUGGGUUGCAUAAUGGGGAUGGUGCAGGUGAUGGUGGUGGUGGUGAUGGUGGUGGUGGUGAGGAGGAGGAGGCAGCAGAGGCACAUGCAGCUGAUGGGGAUGAAACGGAGUACCAUGAUGUGAAUGGGGUGCAGUACCAUGUGGAAGCGGGUGAGGAGCACUAUAACGAGGAUGGGGCAGGAGAGGCAGUGUGGGGAGGAGGCGGGGGAGCGGAUCAGCUGUAUGGUGCAGAUGGCAUUGAUCCCGAUGACCAAUACAUUGGUCAGAUCACCGGAGUGUAG